UCUGACCUCCCAGCGCUAGUCAUUUCUAUCUCGCAACACAUUAUGAUAUGUUCCCAAAAGGCAUCAUGCCAGAUGGCAGCACAUGACAUACUGGGAUACCUACCCAUAGUGCUUUACAUCAGCCUAAGUGCUCUUGGUGAGUACCUGCUGCAUCGACAUAAGCAGCCAAAUAUGCACAUGCAUGAGCGAUAUAGAGACUUUGGCACCCGUAUGCCAUUGUAACUUGCGUCGACCAAAGUUUGUAGUGUAGACGUGGCCUAAGUGACUUGCCCAAGGUCACAUGGGAAGUCUAUGGCAGAGCAAGUAACUUGAACCAAGGUCUCCCAAGUCCCAGUGUCGUGCCUCAACCACUGCACCUCCUUCGCAAAAUGUGUAAGUCAAGGUAUUGUCUAAACAGGUCUUGCACAGCUGUGGAGAAGCCUUUUGAGGCCAACUAAUUCUGGCUGUUUACAUCCUUCUUCCUAUUCUCCUGGGCUGGAGGGGGAAAAAGAGAUCUUCAAAACAGUCUAGGGAAUUGACAUCUUCCCUAUAACUUCGUUUCCUUGGAUUGUGAGCUCUUCAGAGUGGGAUGGCCUUAUGUUUGUACAAUGAGAUCCCAGUCCUUGAUUGAACAAUACAAAUAUUGGCUUUGAAAAUCUCAACUGUUACCUUUUGUCACCUGGAAUCUGGAGCCAGAAUUUAAGAAUAUGAUCGUAGGAGAAAAUGACAUAACUCUGCAUUGUAUAGACCAUAUUUACGGAGUUUACGAUGAGAAAAAGAAAUCUCUGUCUGCACAACUGAAAAAAUACCCAGAGAAAUUAAUCAUCUACUGUAAAGAUCUUAGAGUAUUUCACUUCUGUCUGAGGUAUACAAAGGAAGAGGAGGUAAAAAGGAUCGUCAGUGGCAUAGUUCAUCAUAGCCAGACUCCUAAACUACUUAAACGCUUGUUUCUGUUCUCUUAUGCAACAGCUGCGCCAACCAAUACAGACAUACAAAACCAAACUGUGAUGUUUGAUGCUAUUAAGGAUUGGCGUGAGGAGUUAGAACGGACCAAAGGGAACAUGAAAUACAAAGUAUUGAGUGCCAACGAAGCCUACAAAGUCUCUGAAAAAUUGCCAUUGUAUUUUGUUGUUCCCAUGUCCCUCUCUGAAGAGAGUAUCUUGCAGUACCAAGGAAGAGGCAUUCCUAUUUGGUGUUGGUCUUGUCAUAAUGGUGCUUCUCUUCUCAAAAUGUCUGCUUUUCCCAAAGAACAAGAGGACAGCACUUCACAAAUGCACAAAAUUUUCUUGGAUGGAGUUUACAAGACAAUUAACAAACCUCCUUAUGAAGUCUUGAAAACUGAUGACCUUUCAAGCAGCCUUCCAUCUCUUCAAGACAUUCAAGCUGCAUACACUAGAUUUAAACAGCUGUUUCUGAUAGAUAACAGUACAGACUUCUGGGAUACUGAUGUAAAAUGGUUUUCAUUACUGGAGAGCACAAACUGGCUGGAAAUUGUUAGGCGAUGUCUGAAAAAAGCAAUAGAGGUGGUUGAAUAUCUGGAAGGACAGAACACAAACGUUCUCCUUGUAGAGGAGAAUGCCUCUGAUCUGUGCUGUGUGAUCUCCAGUCUAGUUCAAGUGAUGAUGGAUUCACACUACAGAACAAAGUUUGGCUUUCAGAGCCUUAUUCAGAAAGAGUGGGUAAUGGGAGGACAUUGUUUUUUGGAUCGCUGCAACCAUUUACGGCAAAACGACAAAGAGGAGGCUCCUAUUUUUCUGCUCUUCUUAGAUUGUGUUUGGCAGUUGGUACAACAGUAUCCUCCGGCAUUUGAGUUCACUGAGACUUACUUAACUGUCUUAUCAGACAGUCUCUAUAUACCGAUUUUUAGCACCUUCUUCUUCAAUUCACAGCAUCAAAAGGACGCUAACAUGCCUGGAGAAGGCCACAAUGCACAAAGCAGCCAUUUCAGGUUUCUCACAGUUUGGGAUUGGUCUGUGCAGUUUGAACCUAAAGCACAGGUUUUGCUCAACAACCCUCUUUAUGUGGAGAAGCCAAAACUGGACAAAAGUCAGCGGAAAACUACACGAUUCAAACAUCAACGACAGCUUUCUUUGCCACUGACGCAAACAAAAUCUUCUCCAAAAAGAGGAUUUUUCAGGGAGGAAACUGAUCACUUUAUUAAAAACAUUCUGGGCAAAAGAAUUAGCAAACUGAUAAAUUCUUCAGAUGAGCUUCAUAAUAACUUUACAGAAUUCUAUGAUAGCUGGCACUGUAAACCUAUUGACUUUCAUGGACUUCUGCUGCCUCACAUUGAAGGGCCAGGAAUCAAAGUUUGGGCGCAGCGAUAUUUACGAUGGAUUCCUGAAGCACAGCUGCUUGGCGGUGGUACAGUUGCCACUGCAACUAAAAUCUUGGACAUGAUAGAGGAAGUUCAGAGCUUACAGAAGAAAAUGGAUGAAAAACAUAGUCUGACAGUCCCUCAAGGCAGGGAAGCUCUUCCUAUGCUGAGAAAUUCUGCCCGUUUGUCAUCCUUGUUUCCAUUUGCUUUGCUUCAAAGACAUUCUCUCAAGCCAGUUCUGCCCACCAGCACCUGGAAAGACUUGGAAGAUGAGGAUGACUUGGCCAAGAGAGAUGAUGAGUUUGUUGAUUUAAGUGAAGUGAUUUAACAUGACUCAAACCGAAAAAUUAAAGUAUUGGCACAAAUUUCA